CGCUAGCUCGCUUCCAUUUUCCUCCGCCUCUGUUGUCAAGAAGAUGGCAGCUUCCAGGCAGGCAUGAGAGGAAAUACUUCUUCACAAAUCGAAUGAAUUUGGAUUAUUGCCACAAGAUAAGAGCACCUACUAGUGUUUUUGCAUCUACUGCAUCAGAUUAAAAGUCAUGUCUGCCCCCGGUUCCACGGUGUCUGGGACCACUCCGUCGGUUCUGCAGCCGCGAUGGAAGCGGGUGCUCGGAUGGACCGGUCCGGUCCCAAGGCCCAGGCACGGACACAGAGCUGUGGCUAUAAAGGAGCUGAUGGUGGUUUUUGGAGGUGGAAACGAAGGGAUUGUUGACGAGCUACAUGUAUACAACACCGCAACAAACCAGUGGUUUAUCCCAGCCGUCCGUGGUGACAUCCCUCCGGGUUGUGCUGCAUAUGGUUUUGUAUGUGAUGGAACACGGUUGCUGGUGUUUGGUGGGAUGGUGGAAUAUGGGAAGUACAGCAACGAUCUCUAUGAGUUGCAGGCCAGCAGAUGGGAAUGGAAAAAACUGAAAGCCAAAAAUCCGAAAAACGGUCCUCCGCCUUGUCCUCGACUUGGCCAUAGCUUUUCGCUUGUUGGUAACAAAUGCUACUUGUUUGGUGGACUGGCCAAUGAUAGUGAAGACCCUAAAAACAACAUUCCCAGAUACCUAAAUGAUUUGUACACCCUCGAGCUUCGUCCAGGUUCUAGUGUGCUUGGGUGGGAUAUUCCCAUCACGUAUGGGGUUCUGCCUCCUCCUCGUGAGAGUCACACCGCUGUGGUGUACACAGAAAAGACGACCAGGAAGUCUCGCUUGAUAAUCUAUGGAGGAAUGAGCGGUUGUCGUCUUGGAGAUCUGUGGACACUUGAUAUUGAUACCCUGACGUGGAACAAACCUUCAGUAGGUGGAACAGCACCUCUUCCACGAAGUCUUCACUCUGCCACCACAAUCACAAACAAGAUGUAUGUUUUUGGCGGAUGGGUUCCUUUGGUAAUGGAUGAUGUCAAAGUGGCCACACACGAGAAAGAGUGGAAAUGCACAAACACUCUUGCUUGCCUAAAUCUCGACUCUAUGUGUUGGGAAACAGUGUUAAUGGAUACUCUUGAAGAUAACAUCCCUAGGGCCCGUGCUGGCCACUGCGCUGUGGCCAUCAAUUCCAGACUCUACGUUUGGAGCGGCCGCGACGGUUAUCGUAAAGCAUGGAACAACCAAGUCUGUUGUAAAGACCUGUGGUACCUAGAAACAGAGCGGCCUCAUGCUCCUGCCAGGGUCCAGUUAGUCCGUGCCAACACAAACUCUCUGGAGGUUAGCUGGGGGGCAGUUUCCACAGCCGACACGUAUUUGCUGCAGCUGCAAAAGUAUGACAUCCCUGCGACCCCAGCAGCAGCCUCACCAGCUACAAGUGGAACCCCUUCACAGCCCGUCAACUCUCCAAAGAGCCCUGCACCAGCUGCUGCAGCACUGUCUGCUCAGAGUUUACAACAGACAGCUGUUUUAAAGGUUGCAGCUCAACAGUCUGCAGCUGGUGCAUCUGUUGUCACAGUUCGCCCAAGCCAGCCGGGGAAAUCCCCCGUUACCGUGACAUCCCUUCCUCCAGGUGUUCGAAUGGUAGUGCCUACCCAAACCACCCAAGGAUCGCCAAUUGGAAGUAGCCCUCAGAUGAGCGGCAUGGCAGCUUUAGCAGCUGCAGCUGCAGCCACACAGAAGAUCCCGCCCUCUUCUGGUGGCACCGUUCUCAAUGUUCCUGCAGGUGCCACCAUUCUCAAAACAGUCGCUGUGUCCCCUGGCUCCACCACAGUGAAAGUGGCUUCUCCUGUAAUGGUCAGUAACCCAGCGACCCGCAUGCUGAAGACGGCUGCAGCCCAGGUGGGCACUGCAACUGCAUCCUCUCCAACCACCACCAGACCAAUCAUCACUGUGCACAAGUCUGGUGCCGUCACAGUGGCUCAGCAGGCCCAGGUGGUUACCACUGUGGUGGGAGGAGUAACCAAGACCAUCACUCUGGUCAAGAGUCCCCUCACCAUGGGUAGCAGUGGUACAUUGAUCUCCAACCUUGGGAAGAUGAUGUCUGUGGUGCAAACCAAGCCAGUGCAGACAUCAGCCGUCACAGGCCAGGCUUCCACCAACCCUCUCACACAGAUCAUACAGACAAAAGGUCCCCUCCCAGCUGGCACCAUCCUGAAACUGGUGACUUCUGCGGAUGGCAAGCCCACCACAAUCAUCACAACAUCCCAGGCAGGAGGUACAGGGAACAAGCCCACUAUCCUAAACAUAAGUGGCGUGUCACCUACUACUACUAAGCAGGGCACCACUAUCAUUAAGACCAUCCCGAUGUCGGCCAUCAUGACCCAGACUGGAGCUACAGGCGUAACAAGCAGCGCAGGAAUGAAAACACCAAUAACAAUCCUUACCACGAAGGUAAUGACCUCUGGGACCCCUGGUAAAAUUAUCACUGCUGUGCCCAAACUGACCACUGCAGCCGGCCAGCAGGGACUGACACAGGUGGUCUUGAAAGGGGCUCCAGGUCAGCCUGGAACUAUUUUACGCACCGUGCCUAUGAGCACGGUGGGCGGUGUUCGUCUGGUUACUCCAGUGACGGUCUCCUCUGUUAAGCCCACUGUUACCACUCUGGUUGUCAAGGGGACUACUGGAGUCACUACUCUUGGCACGGUCACCGGCACUGUGUCCACAAGCUUGGCAGGAAGUACAGCUGACAGUUCCAGUGCCUCCCUGGUGACACCGAUCACCACACUGGGAAAUAUCGCUACGCUGUCCAGCCAGGUGAUCAACCCAACCGCUAUAACGGUGUCGGCUGCUCAGACCAGCUUGACUUCUACUUCUACACUGCCCUCCUCUACAAUGACGGUGCAGAACCAGCCCACCCAGGUGACCCUGAUCACAACCCCCAGCGGUGUUGAAGCCCAGCCAGUGCAGGAUCUACCUGUAUCCAUCCUGGCUUCUCCAACUUCUGAACAGCCCAGCUCCACCGAGGCUGGAGCAACUGGAGAUGGCUCUGGUACCGUCACCCUGGUCUGCUCCAACCCGCCCUGCGAGACCCACGAAACCGGAACCACCAACACGGCCACCACCUCCUCUGCUACAAUGGGAGCUGGACAGGUCUGCUCCAACCCGCCCUGUGAGACCCACGAGACGGGAACCACCAACACAGCCACCACCUCCUCUGCUACCAUGGGAGCUGGACAGGUCUGCUCCAACCCGCCCUGCGAGACCCACGAGACGGGAACCACCAACACUGCCACGACAGCAUCUUCAAACAUGUCUGCGUUACGUGUGUGCUCCAACCCGCCCUGCGAGACCCACGAAACGGGGACAACGAACACAGCAACCACAGCUUCAUCCAACAUGGGUGUCGGCCAGCGGGUGUGUUCAAAUCCCCCCCAUGAGACCCAUGUGACGGGCACCACCAACACAGCGACACAAGCUUCAUCUACCAUGAACGCGGGUGAGACCGGCACCGUGCAGAGCGAUCACUCAAACCCGCCCAGUGAAGGCCAGGAGACAGGGGCCGACAACACUCCGUCCACAGCAGCCUCCGACGUGGCAGAGGACCAGAGCAGCACAGCAACAGGCCAGGUCCAGAGGGUUUGCUCCAAUCCUCCAUAUGAAACACAUGAGACUGGGACCACCAACACGGCCACCACUGCCACCUGCAACAUGGAGACAGGCGAAGGCACGGCUACCCAGCAGACAGAGGAAGGAGCAGAAGGAACAAGCACCACAGAGGAAGCUGCUACCACUGCAGCUACUAGCCCAGCUACCACCACCCAAGGCAGAGCCAUCACCACCGUCACCCAGUCCACACCCGCCCCUGGGCCCUCAGUACCUUCAAUUUCAUCAAUCACAGAAGGAGUUGGCACAGCAGCCAGCGCCACGGAGGAGCCGAUGCAGACCGAAGAACCUGCAUCAGCAGAAGCUGCACCUGCUGAGGAGCCUGCUGCAGCGAUGGAGACACAAGGAGAGGGAGAAGCAGCAGCUGCAACAGCCUUAAACCUGCCCUCCGAGUUGAUGUCCGAGGGCCAGGGGACCACUCUGAUGGUGACGGGACUGUCGGAUGAAGAGCUGGCUGUGACCGCCGCAGCCGAGGCUGCCGCCCAGGCCGCAGCCUCAGAAGAAGCCCAGGCCCUGGCCCUCCAGGCUGUCCUCCAGGCAGCUCAACAAGCCGUAAUGAAUGAAAGCGAUGCUGGAGAAGGCCAGCAGCCGACCAACAUCCCCAUCAUGCUAACCCAGCAGGAGCUAGCAGCGCUGGUGCAGCAGCAGCAGCAGCUGCAGGAAGCGCAGGCCGCAGCGCAGCAGGCCUCUGUGGACAGCAGCAUGCCCACCGAGGGCCUCGCCCCCGCCGACAGCCUCAACGACCCGUCUGUUGAAAGCAACGGACACAACGAAAUGGCUGCCUCCGUCACUAGCGCCGUGGCCUCCCUUCUACCGCGCACCACUGCUGAGACUCUGGCUCCAUCAAGUACGUUCGCACAGUCUAUAUCAGUAGCAAGUCCAGCCAAGCUGCAAGCUGCAGCUACGCUUGCAGAGGUGGCCAACGGCAUUGAGGGAGAGAAACAAGCCCCUCAGCCAACUCCAGUGAAGGCCGUUGUUAAGAAGGAGAACCAGUGGUUUGAUGUCGGAAUUGUAAAAGUGACAAAUAUGGUUGUCACUCACUUCUACGUGCCGGCAGAUGAUUCGCAAGGAGACGAUGACUCUGGCGCCGUACCAGACUACAGUCAGAUGAAGAAGAUGGAGCUGCAGCCCGGCACGGCGUACAAGUUCCGCGUAGCUGGAAUCAACGCUUGUGGUCGUGGAACGUUCUCCGAGAUCUCUGCUUUCAAGACCUGCCUACCCGGGUUCCCAGGGGCCCCAUGUGCCAUCAAAAUUAGCAAGAGCCCAGACGGUGCCCACCUGACCUGGGAGCCGCCUUCAGUGACAUCAGGGAAAAUCAUCGAGUACUCUGUGUACCUGGCCAUCCAGAGCAGCCAGACAGCCGAGGCCAAGGCCUCCACCCCGGCCCAGCUAGCCUUCAUGCGCGUGUAUUGUGGACCCAACCCCUCCUGCUUGGUGCAGUCGUCCAGCCUGUCCAACGCUCACAUUGACUACACGACCAAACCGGCCAUCAUCUUCCGCAUCGCCGCCCGCAACGAGAAGGGUUACGGUCCUGCCACUCAAGUUCGAUGGCUGCAGGAAUCUGGUAAAGACGCCACCUCGGCGAAACCUGCCCCCAAAAGACCGGGCACCUCUCCUGAUACCAAGACUACUGGUCCAAAGAAAGCAAGGACGGACCAGUGAGGUAGCCCAGAGUCCCCUCCCAGUCUUUGUCCCUUUUUUUUUUUUUUUUUUCCUCCCACUGUCCUUUUUAUCAGGAAGACUGACCUUCACUCACCCUCCUCCUCCUCAUCUCCUCCGCCCCUGCGUCUCAGGCCAAGACGGGCGACGGUGGCAGAAGCCUCGACGAGAGUCAAUCUGAGACACAUUUCUGUAGAUAAACCCCCUCCGCCUUCUCUUGGUUGAAUAUUUUUAGAGCAACUCAAACCUAGAAGCACAUUCUCUUUUUUCAGCGCAUCCCCCUUCCAUCAUUUUAACAUCUAUUUUUGGCUUUUUUCAAGUAGUUGAACAUUAUAGAAGCAUUUACACCUUUCACAAACUGGGAGCCAGCCUGAGCGCUAUGUUACCUUUUUUUUUUUUUUUUUCUGUGUUUUGUGAAUUCUGGGGGGGGGUUUGUAGAAAGAGACUACAUAAUGUUGUACAGUGUUGAUGACAUGGCUGCGGAGGCAUUAGUUUAGACGAAAGGAAAAAUCGGUAUGGAAACAAAUAAAGCACUUGUCCUCCACAAACGAGGGGGACAUAUUUUUUUUCUUCUUUUUUUUUUUUUUUUUUUUUUUGGCUCCAAAUAAUUUGCUUCAUAGAGAACCAAGUCUGUACAGUCAUCGUACCGGACCCCAGUCUCCUGGUAAUAUCAUCACUGUGCGCUUUUUACCCCAAGACGAGGAGUAGUGGCCGACACGCUGGAACGCACGGCGGGAAAAGGAAAAGAAAGGAGAGAGAGGAAGAAAAAAAAGCAACGGCGAAGGAAGAGAUUUGGAGAAAGAGAGAGGACGGACUUUGCUUCGGACCGAGAGUUGGCAGCACACGCGUUUAAAGGAAAACAACGAAAAACUUCCAAAAAAAAAAAAAAACCUUCCCAAAAAAUUAGCAAUGACGCAGAGAAUCUCUUGUGUAGUUUAUUUUUGUAUUUUUAAGCUUCUUUUUCCUCCUGUGUGUACAUGUGCAUUUUAAGAGAAAGCAUCAGUUUUUUUUUGUUUUGUUUUUUUUUAACAGUCGUUCAUCCCCGUAGCUUGUGUUCGUGGACAGACGGGCGGCCAUGUUCAGGUUGCCGCAGUGUUUUUAAAAAAAAAAAAAAAACUUUGUUUUGGUCGUAUGUUCCUGUUGGCAGACAAUGAAAGACUUUUGUAUUUGUUCCAAGUAGAACCCGAGAAGGUUGUAGGACUGAAGGGAACUUUGAAGUGGACCCAGGGAGAGGAGUUUUUUUUCGGUUUCAUUUUUUGGUUUGUUUUUUUUUUUUGUUUUUUUUUACUUCGUUUACUUCUCAAUGUUUGUGUUGCUUCGUUUUGCCAAACACAAAUUUUUCCCGGGUCAGAAGGAAAAUUCGGCAUCAGAACUUUUUCCGACUUUCCCUCCUGAUACCCGCUCGGUUGUUCCCCUGCUUCUUAUGCUCAUAAGUUAAUGAUUUGUAAAAUGGCUAACUAUAUUAGUAGACAUAUCCCCCCCUCCCCUCCACAACCACCUUAUAGAUGUCUGUGAAUCAAUUGAAUGCAUUUUAAUUUGUUUUUUCCUUCUCUAAGGCUCUGUACUUCAGACCACAGAUGGUGUGCUAAGCUACCUGUGACACGUUUGUCUCUGAAUGGGGAGGCCGCUUACAGCCGGAGUGUACUCACUUGUAAAUUAGUUCGUUCAUAGAGCAAGAAUAAAACACACACACAAAAAAAACAGAAAAAGAAACAUCUUGGCCUUUUCUAUAAUUACCUGUAACAAACCGUUUUUACAUGUUGGUCAUCUCUUGAUCGCCUUUUGUGUCUUUACUUAUAAAAGAAACAUAUAUAUAUAUAAAUAUAUAUAGUCUCCCUGUUUGUUCUGAUUGAUUUUGCUUCUGUCGAGCUGAUUCGCCGUAGGGAUGUGAAGUCCUGCUAGGUCCAUCAGUCCAGACGUGUACAGGGAGAGAGGAGGUAUCUGACUGGGCAUGAGCGGAGAUCUGCGUAACGGCAGAUUCAGUCGUGAUGGUAAAAAAAAAAAAUAAUAAAACGGAUCCAAUCAAAAAUCAAAAAAGGCCCGAACGUCAGAGCCGAGGCCUCCGCUCGCCACCUCGGGCUUCAGGUUUGGGAUUUCUCCUGAUUUCUUUCUAGACACGAACUUUCUCUUCAUAUGCAUUCAUAAUUUUUGUGCGUGUCGGUGUGUCUGUUGAACAAAACUAGACAUGCAUGCAAAAGCAGUGUAUUUUAGUAGUGAUGCCUUAAGUUAGACCAUAAGCUGAAGGUUCUCAAUAAAAUAAAAAAUAAAAAGAGAAAAGAAGGAAAAAAAAAAACAUUUAAUGAGUUUGUUCCUCUCUCCAUGUGGUAUACAAUUGUGUCCUUUCCUUCCACAGUACCUUUGCCGGGUCACUAUUUUUGCACCCUUGUUAGAUAGGUCAUCAUCAGCAGUGCCGAGGUCUCUGAACUUUCCCCUCCCGCGCUGGGUGGACUGCUCCUCUCAGCACUCGCAGGUGUUGCGAGUUUCUCUCGGCUGUUCGCAGGUUAUCUGGAAAUGUCCUGUAUUUUCCAAUGUGUGUUUUUUGUACUGUAGGGAGUAAUGUAUCUUUUAUCAUCAAAAAUAAACAUGUUAAACAGA